AUGGCCGAGCCCAACAAGCUCACCUCUGGAGAAAAUCUCCCGUACGAUUUCACAGGCGUCGUCUUGAAAGAUGUCAUCCCCAAACGCAGCAAGCCAUGGUGGAAGGAUUCACGCCUGGUACAACUCAACGCCCUCCUUCUCUGUGCCCUCCUUACCCAAACCGCUCAGGGUUUUGAUGCCAGCAUGAUCAAUGGCAUGCAGGCGCUACCAGAAUGGAUCCAAUUCUUUGGGCACCCUAAAGGAGCCCGGCUCGGUGCAAUGACAUUUGGUCCCACGGGAGGAGUCUUGAUCUCAAUCCUGAUCUCCUCCCAGCUAUGUGACAAAUUCGGAAGACGGUAUCCGAUCUGUGGAGGAUCUAUCCUCAUUAUUAUCGGUUCUGUGAUCCAAGCCGCAUCGGCCAAUUACGGAAUGUUCGUUUUCUCACGAUUUCUCGUUGGCUUUGGCCUUGGGAUUGUGUCUGUCGCUGCACCUCCCUUGCUUUCUGAAGUCGCCUACCCUACCCACCGAGGGAAGCUUGUUUCCUUUUACCUGGUAUCAUGGCCCCUUGGCUCUUUAAUUGCCGCGUGGGCUACGUACGGCACGUUUAGAAUGAAUUCCUCGUGGAGCUGGCGACUGCCAAGUCUCCUGCAAUGUGUUUUCUCUUUGAUUCAGGCAGUUCUCAGUCUCUUCGCACCCGAGUCACCUCGAUGGCUCAUCUACAAAGAACGCGGUGAGGAGGCUUUGAGUAUCUUCAUUCGCUAUCACGGCGACGGUGACCCCCAGUCCCGUCUCGCGCAUUUUGAAAUGGCGGAGAUCACGGCGACAUUGCAGAUGGAAAAGCUGCAGAGAAAGUCGCGAUGGGGCGAAUGGAUCUCCACAAGAGGAAAUCAACACCGUCUGUUUUUGGCACUGUAUAUUCCCGCAAUGCUACAGUGGUCUGGCAACGCGUUGAUCUCCUACUACCUACCGGAGGUGCUCAACUCGAUCGGAAUCACCGACUCCAAGACCCAACUCACUUUGAAUGGCUGCAUGUCGAUCUGGAGUCUCCUUUCAGCUUGCUUCUUCGCGACACUUGUUGAUCGGGCUGGUCGACGGGGACUAUUCUUGUUCGGUAUGGGCGGAAUGGGUCUUUCAUAUAUCAUUUGGACGAUAUGCUCGGCCAUCAACGAGAAAAAAGGGUUCAAAGACCACAGCUACGCCGUUGCUGUUCUCGCUAUGAUAUUUAUCUAUCAGGCACUCUACCACGCAUGCUCCCCCGUCGCUCCGACAUACAUCAUGGAAGUGGUGCCCUAUUCCCUGCGCUCCAAGGCCGCAAUGCUUUAUCAAUUGACUGGUAAUCUGGCGAGUCUCUAUAACAGCUUUGCAAAUCCCGUUGCCAUGGAAGCCAUCUCAUGGCGAUAUUACAUUGUGUGGGUCGUGGUGAUUGCGAUCAAUUUCACGUUGAUUUUCAUCUUUUUCCCUGAGACCAAGAAUCGUGGUCUGGAAGAGGUGGCUGAGAUUUUCGAUGGACCAGGCGCUCUUUCGGGGGCCAAUGCUAUGAAGCAACUAGGUCUUGAUGUCAACGCUGAGAAUGCGGUCGCAAUUGGGCGGGAUCCGAAGUCGGCAGUCGAACAAGUGGAACGCGUUUGA